CAUGGUCAAAACAAUACUCAAAGGAUAUUCGAAUACAGAGAAUAAAAAAAACAAUUUGCAAGUUUAGCAAUCAUUUUUCCUUUGCACCAACAACACUAAAUAUUAUGUAGACUCAAAAUGGAGGAUGGAGGAAGGCCUGAUGAUGAUGUGUUUGUUUUUUUGCAUUGGAAAGACUACACAAUUAAAGGACUGAUUUGAAAAGUUUCUGUACCAUUACAAAGUACUUAAAUUACCGCCGAAUAUUUUACCGCUAAUAGAGUAAGACAACUCGUAUAGAAAUAAGCGACAAAACUUUUAAACUGUUACUGUUUUUCUUAGUUUUUUAAGGCAAGUAAUACAAUGAAAAACCCAUUAACACAAGGCCAUGUAAUCAGCACCAAAUCAGUAAAACCAACAAUUCAAUAAAAAUCGCAGACCUUUCACCAAAUACGAUUAUACGAAAAUUAAAACCUAAAUCAGUUGAUUGCCGUCGAGCUUCAAACAAAGGAUUCUAACAUUUUUAAUAGCACAAUAUUACUUGCAAUAUUCGCAUGUAGCGUUCAUAUAUCUCAUAAUCUCAGAUUUAUUCAUACCUAUCCGCCAGUGCAAAUAACAAUUAGCUUGUGUGCUUUAUUUACAAAGUGAUAAGAAACAAGAUGAACAUUACGCUAAUAUGGCUUUUAUUUUCAGUUAUCACAAUGGGAGAACAAAGUUUUGCUCAGACAAUAGAUUUAGAAAAUUGGAUGAAAAAACUACCAGAACCAAUUAAAAAUACUCCAUUUAUAUACAUUGCCAUACCAGGAAGCCAUGACUCAAUGACAUAUGCUAUAACCAGAUCAAGUGGUUUAGCACCUGAUGCAGAACCAAUUCUUAAAAGACUGUACCCUGUGUUCAAAGGUACGAUAUUGAGGUGGACAAUAACUCAAAGCGUAGAUGCCUUGCAACAACUUCUAAUGGGCAUUAGAUAUUUUGAUCUGAGACUUGCAACAAAAACUGGUUCUGAUCAUUUUUACUUUACACAUGGAGUGUAUGCAGGAGAAAUAACUGAGCCCUUACAUCAAAUUAAGGAUUUUAUAAAUUCCCACCCUGGAGAGGUUGUGAUUUUGGAUUUGCAACAUUUUUAUGGAUUUACUGCGGAUGACCAUCAAAAGCUUAUAAGGUAUAUAUUGAAUAUGUUUGGACCAAAACUUGUACCAAGAAUACAAAACCUUCAAAGCAUUACCUUGAAUUCACUUCAGAGAUUAGGACAGCAGGUGGUUAUUGUGUAUCGUAAUCCCUCAGUGCAAUCGACUGGGGAAUUCUGGCAAUCCAAUAUGUUACCAUCCCCUUGGCCACAGCAAGAUAGUAUAAGUGCGUUAUUGCAAUUUCUGCAAAACGUAAAACGACACCCGGGCAUAGGUUUUGUGCAUCAGGCUGUUUUGACACCGACACCAGCUUUUAUUUUGUUUCGAUGGCUAUCAACGUUACGCGAGAAAUGUGCUAAGCCCGUUAAAAACGAGAUAUACCCAAAGCUGACUGAGUUUACUCCAGGACCGCCUAAAACUAACGGCUCAUCUGUUAAUGUCGUUAUUGCAGACUUUAUAGAUCUAGACAACGCCAUAUUUUCUAAAACCAUUGUACAACUUAACUAUAAGCUUCUAAAGAAUUCCUUAUACCACAAUAAUGGGUAAGAAAAUACUCAAGUACCUGAUAGUUUAAGUAAAUGAGAUGUGAUAUUUUUAACUUUUGUACAUAAAUAAAAUGCAUGAUUAAA